AUGAGUGGGCUCUUUAAGCUUGACAUCGAUGAUGAUAUUUGGCAGGACAUAGAUCUCGAUGAUGAUGAGACCAGUGCUGAAGUGCCGUGCUGGCUUGGUGAUGAGACUGUUCAUGCUGGAAUUAAGGCAAUGCUUGUGCUCGACUGUUGCAUGGAAGAAGAGAUGAGCCUAUGUGAGGAGCGUUAUGCCAUGCAAGAGUGGCUGAAUGAGGAACGGGAAUGCAUCCAACACGCACGACACCAUGCAGCUGAAGCGACUGACCACAACAUGGCUCAAGUCUACACCAUCCCUAGUGAUCGUCCGAUGCCAGCUUGCUGGGGGUCAUUGGAGAGAGAAUUGCUAGAUGCAGCAAUCUAUGAGGCAGUGGGACAGUGGAAUGAGGGUGGAGCAGGUGCAGAAACCCUGUCAGUGGCUGAUGAAGAUGAUGAUGACAUGCUUUGUGAUUUUGGUGAUUUAGGUGGUGAUGACCAGGAGGAUGAGCUGUUAGAUGCACUGGAGUCAGUUGCAUUGAGUGAUGCCUAUCACUCUAAUGACUUCCUUGACAUCAUGUCAAGUGCUGUUGGCAAUGAAGGCCUUGAAAGUGACCUUCAUUUGUCCAAUGAGACCUGGUCACCUCGUAAAUGGCGAUUUGUAGAUUAG